AUGGCCGAUGGGAAAUUCCCGGAGUUGACCGACAUAUUGGUGGCAGAUGUCAUCAUUCAUAUUCGUGAUCUGUCGAACCCGGACUGGCCCGCGCAAAGCGAAGACGUGGAAUUGACCUUAGGACAGAUUGGUCUGCCUCCGGAUCGCUUAAACGAUGUCCAUUGUGGUGGAGCAAUAACGAUUGACUUAGAUGGGGCACCGUUAACAUCUUCUUCAGGUGCAAUGAGGAUCUCGUGUAAAACUUCUGAAGGGAUAGAAAAUCUCAUUGAGAAGGUAGACGAACCUGUUUUGUCACUCGAGUUGAAGUGCAACAUGACAGGAGUCACAGAUUUCACACCGAGUGACCCUGAAAAUCAUCGGUGGUUCUUAAAGGUGCGUUCAAUCCAGAAAAAUUCCCCUAACCCAUUACGAAAAGCGUACUGCAACAUGUGCACCAGGAAGAAGAACUAUUUUGUUCGAUUUUCACAGCUUUUUGUGAAAUUACAUGGUAAUACAGGAUUGGUCACGCCGGCGCGUGCUCCCCAACUCUCACCUUCCUCCUUCCCCUUAGCACAGACGCCCGCUUAG